GGCACUUGGCCUCCAGCACACCAGCACUGGCACUUGGCACGCACUAUGGCAAACGAAGUACAGGAUCCGCUCUCCCCGCUGAAAGGGGGGCAUCCUCCCGCAGUAAAAGCUGGAGGAAUGCGAAUUUCCAAAAAACAAGAAAUUGGCGUCUUGGAGAAACAUACCAAAAAAACAGGAUUAGAGAAAACAAGUGCCCUUGCAAAUGUUGCCAAAAUACAGACCCUGGAUGCCCUGAAUGACACACUGGAGAAGCUCAACCAUAAAUAUCCAGCAGCAGUGCACAUGGCACAUCAAAAACCCACACCUGCUCUGGAGAAGGUCGCUCCACUGAAAAAGAUCUACAUUAUUCAGCAGCCUCGAAAAUGUUAAGCCCGGAUGUAAAACACAGGCGUCUGGUCAACUGCCUCAAACAUCUAACAGCUUAGCAAAAAGGGCCAAAGCUUUCCAUAGGCCUAACGCACUUGCUUGGUAAAUAAAACAGCUUCUGUAGCUUCUCUUUUGACUUUAGAUAAUAAAGCAUCAAAUAUUAUAAAUC